CUCUCUCUCUCUCUCUUUUAAUUUUUUUUUUUCUUCUUUUUUCUCGGGGGAAGAGAGAGAGAAAGAGAGAGAAGAGAGAGAGAGCGAAGGUGAGUGUCGAGGAAGGAAGCUAAAACUCUUCUCUCCACGAAACUCCUCUCUCUCUCUCUCUUUCUCUCUCUACGAUACUCGUUUCCUUUCUCUCUCCUCGUUCUCCACUCCACCUCUCUCUCUCUCUCGCGCGGUCGCGUCUCUCUCUCAUCCCUCAUCUCAGAUCUCUUGGCGAGAAACCCUAAUCGGAUCGGAGGAACCCUCUCUCUCUCCCCGCCUCUAGAUGGUCAUGGUCUUCGGAAUCGUGUGAUGCCCACGGUACUUCUCUGUUCGAUUGCUUGCAGUGCUAGGCUUUUAGCGCUCGAGGCGAGAUGAUGAGGGGAGUUGAUGGCGAGGGUGGGGUUCCUCAGAACCCUAACCCUGUUGCCGAUCUCGGGGAGUUUGGCGACCCCGCGGAAGGGAACACCUGUUUUGAUGCUUCACAGUAUGCAUUUUUUGGCAAUGAGUUGAUGGAGGAAUUUGAACUAGGGGGGUUAGGAGAUGCUAAAGAAGGUGAUGGUGCUGCUGGAUUUGGGCCUUAUGAUGAGGAAUACUGUUUUUCUUCUGUUGGCAAUAGAGAAGAGGAUGAAGUUUUAGGUUCGCUGUCUGACAUUGACGAUCUUGCAACCACUUUUUCAAAGUUGAACAGAACUGUUGGUGAACCAAGGAAUGCAGGGGUUAUUGGUGAUAGAAGAUCUUUUUCAAGAGAAAGUUCUUCAACUGCUGACUGGACUCAGGAAUCAGACUAUCCAAAUUGGAGAGAUCAGUCUAUACUCGAUGCUGAGUUCAUUCAAGAAGGUAAACGGUGGAGUUCACAGCCGCAUCCUUCUUCAUCCACUCUUUCAGAUUCCGAAGAAUUGCACAGAACCUCUUCGUAUCCUCAGCGACCGCUGCAACAUCAAACAAGCGAACCAAUUCUUGUACCCAAGUCUCCGUUUACUUCCUAUCCUCCGCCAGGCGGACGGUCUCAUCCCUCAUCAAACCUCACACGCCAUGCAAGCAUUCCAUCUCUCUCUGUUGACCUGCAGAUGCAGAUGCUUCCAAAUAUGUCUCCUUUUCCAGCAUCUCAUCAUCAUUUAGCUGGAUUACCUCAUGGAAUGCAUUAUGGAGGAGAUUGGUCUUUCAGCCCCUUAAAUAUUCCGACUACUAACCGGCGGCUAAACAGCUGGCCAAACCAAGUUAACCUCUUUUCUGCUGAUCAUCCCAAUAUAGUACCUAACUUGUUACAACAGCAAUUACCUCAUCCAAAUGGUUUAGUGCCGCCACUACUAUUGUCUCAGCAGCAACAGAGAUUACAACAGCUCCAGUCAUCUCUUCUUCAGUACCCACGUUUGCAGUCUCAAUUAUUCAACCAGCUUCAUCCACCACAAUUGGGGGACCAAAGGUCAAAGCCAUCUCAAGGGGGAAGACAGAAAAUGCGCAAGUCUCAACAGUCUUCUGAUACAAUUAGCCAGAGGACCGAUAGUGGGCGGCCACAAUUUAGAUCCAAGUACAUGUCAGCUGAUGAGAUAGAAAAUAUCUUGAAAAUACAGCAAGCUGCAACUCAUAGCAGUGAUCCUUACAUUGAUGAUUACUACCAUCAAGCUUGUCUUGCAAAGAAGUCUGCUGGCUCCGGGCUGAAGCACCAUUUCCACCCAACAUCCAUAAAGGAUGUGCCUUCUAAAUCACGAAACAGCCAUGAAAAACAUGCAUUCCUUCAAGUCGAUUCACUUGGGAGGUUCUCUUUCUCUUCUAUUCGCAUGCCUCGCCCUCUCCUCGAGAUAGACUUGCCUUCUACUUCGGAUGAUGGUUCUGUUAAGUCCCUAGAACAAGAGCCUAUGUUAGCAGCUAGAAUCACCAUUGAAGAUGGCCUUUGCCUUCUUCUUGAGGUAGAUGACAUCGAUCGACUGUUAGAGGUCACCCAGCCACAAGAUGGCGGUUUCCAACUUAGACGGAAAAGACAGCUUCUCCUAGAAGGUCUUGCGGCAUCACUUCAACUCGCUGAUCCUCUUGGCCCAACUAAACCUGAGCUCGCCCCGAAGGAUGAUCUCAUUUUUCUUCGUUUAGUUUCUCUUCCAAAAGGCCGGAAGCUCCUUUCACGCUACAUUCAACUUCUCAGCCCCGGAAGCGAGCUUGCACGUAUAGUCUGCAUGGCCAUUUUUAGGCAUCUGAGGUUCUUAUUUGGUGGUUUAUCAAUAGAUACUAGUGCGGCAGAAACCACAACGAAACUUGCGAGGACUGUUUCUUUGUGUGUUCAGAGUAUGGAGUUAAGUUCACUCAGUGCUUGCCUUGCUGCUGUGGUCUGCUCCUCUGAACAGCCGCCCCUUCGUCCACUCGGUUGUUCUGCUGGUGAUGGAGCAUCCAUAAUCAUCAAAACUGUUCUUGACAGAGCAACAGAACUUCUGACCAAUUCCCUCACAACAAACAACUAUUCUGUUUCGAACCGAGCUUUAUGGCAGGCGUCAUUCGAUGCUUUCUUUGGGCUUCUCACCAAAUAUUGUUUGAGUAAAUAUGAUAGUAUAUUGCAAAUGUUUCUCAUGCAGUUAUCAAACGCUGCAGCACUUGAAUCCGAGGUGAGCAGAGCUCUGAGUAGGGAGAUGCCUUUCGAGUUGCUUCGUGCUGGUCUUCCUCAUACGAAUGAGCAGCAGCGUGAUAUGCUGAAUAGGUUCGCUCAGAGAUCUAUGCCUGCCUUUGGUUUUCGCGUUCGUGGUGGUGGCAGUGGGGCUAUUACUUCUGAAUCAGUUCCCAGUUAAUGCACAUGGAAAGAGAGAGAAUCAGCGAAGGUAUCUCGCUAGUGUUGAUUCUGUCCAUAACAGAGGUUAUGACCAUCUAUGGCUUUCAGGUGACCCUCGUAGCUUUUCAUUUCGCUCUUAUGCUUGUUAGCUAAUAUUUACAUCUUUGUAGACUGGUGGACAAAAUGUUCAUCCGUACAUACUAUUUUAGAGCUCGUAUGUUAAGUUGUUACGGAAACUUUCUCCUGGGCACUUAGUUAUAAUGCCGCUCUGCAUUAGCACUGGAUAUAGUGGGGCAUAGUUGUACAGGAUUCUCAUGCUGCAACCUUCCUAUCUGUUCUUUUUAAGGAGAAGGAAGCUGCGAAUAGAAUAGCUCUUUCUAGUUUUGGUUUGGCUGGCGAGGAUAGCUUCUGUUUGGUUAAAAACUUGAUGUGAUGUUGGUAUACUGGGCAUCUGGAAAUGUCAUUGUUCUGCCCUUUUUAUGUAAUCUGUUUUGUGAUGAAGCAUCGAAACAUUUACGAAUUGUUAAUUUCUCUACGAAUGAACUUUUUUAAUAAUGGACAAUGUGAACAUGUAAUAUUUCACUGUUUGUUUAUUUGAUUGGCCGUAGUUGUUCUAUCA